AUGUCUUCAUUACCUUUCGAUAAACGAAAAAGUGCAUCACUCAUCUGCCACCUCAGAAAAGAUAUGCAAGAAAUUGUUCGUGCUCUUAGGACUGAUUUUCCUGGGUUACGUAUUAAAAAUUAUUAUGAUAAAUCUGAUCCAGUAAAAAAGACUCGUGAUUUUAGUGAUAAAUUUCAAUCUUGUCGCUUAUUUGGAUGGAGAAUAGUAGAUUUUCUUAAAAAAGCAGGUAUGGUUAUUUCAAUAAUAGAAGCUACUCCUAAAUCCGAAGAAGAUUCUGUAUCAUUAAUUGAAAUAGUAAAAAUAUGUUCUUCUGUUAUUAAAGCAGAGGAAAUUUCAGAUAUCACUAAUGCCAAUAUUCUUAAUCACAAGAUGACUGAGCACCUAGAAAACAAACUAAAGAAGACUUUAAAAGAAAUACAUGCUUUAAACCGGUAUCAUAUUGCAGAAUGUUAUAGGAUACCAUCCGAAUCUCUGACCGAAGAAUUUAUUAUGGAUUAUGGUAAAUAUGAUGAAAUGAAGUGGUUUAGAAAUCUUCGGAAAUUACGAGAUGUAGGUAUUGAUAAUAAGACUGCAGUUGAGGCAAUUACUCGUGAAGAUUAUAGAAAUGAUAGGUUCACAACUGUUACUAGAGCUGAAAAACAUCGAAUCUGUCUGGAAUUAAUAAAAACUUGCACACCUAUUAGAGAUAUCGAUGAUAGAAGCAGAUACAAAGUCGAUAAUUUUAAAAGAUGCCUAAAUACACCCGAAUCGAUACAAUACCUCCAUAAUUUAGUACCAAAAAUGGCUCGGGUUUUUGAUAAUACAGAUGCAUCUCACAGUGCUAAAAAAUCUGGCUUAAAAUCAGAUAGAGCAAAACUUGGUAUGUUCGAUAAAGAAAGCGCACCAAAGUUACCAUCAUACCAAACAGAUGAAGGACAAUUCUAUGAAAAUGGUGAGGAUAUGCAUUACAGGUAUAGUAAACUCUUACCUGACGAACUAGAGAUUGCUCCCAAAGAGAUUUUUGUGUUACUCGAAAUUGCUUAUGUAUAUGAAUUUGGAGGCAACGUUAUAGAAGAAAAAAGCAUAAUUAAUUUCGAUUUGAAAAAAGAAUAUUUAUGGUCCAUUACAACUAAAAUCAUUGAAAAAUACAAUCUUAGCUCUAAGAUAGGUAUAUCUGAUCUCAGUCAAUAUACCUCAGAAUUUCUUAAAAACCUUACCAAUGAUAAGAAGCAGAAUCAGGCUUGCAGACACCUUCGGGAUGGUUUUAAAUUUAGCAGUAAACAGACAAAUGGACAAUGUGGAAGUAUUUCUGAUAAAACCUUAAAUAUUAAUAAACUUACUAUUAGAGAUGUAAGAGCUGAAGCUUAUGCCUUAGCCCUAACAGCAAAAAAUGCUAAUGCUGGUUCAUCACGUAUUUUCCGGCUUCGAAGAGAAUUAAGAAAUAUUGGUGCUUCAUUCCAGAUUAUCGAGGCCACGAAAUUUCCAGAUAUUACAGAAGAAGCUAACAAAAUCCAAAUGAACAAUCAGAAAAAGGCUAAAACUAAAUGUAUUAAUUAUUCAAAUGAAUUUAUAUUAGAAUCAGUUAAGGAAAGAUUAAAUGUGUAUGAUAUUAAAACUUUACCCGAUUAUCAGGCUCUUGCAGAUGUCAUGGUGAUGCUUUGUAUCCGUCCUGCUGAACUUAGAACUUUACGUAUUACAGUAACAGGAUAUGUGAAGAAUCGGGGUCAACUAGAUAUACCUAGAAAAUUUAGAUCUAUGGAAAAGAACCAAAAACGUGCCAAAGAAUUACUCACUUGGAUACAGCGUGCAAUAUCUUCUUGCCAAAUAGGUGAUCCAGGUAAGCCAGGAGUUAAAUGGUUUAAUAAAUUUUUAAAAGACUAUGAUUUAAUUCCUAAAUAUUUACGUAAAUUAGGAGCAGUUUAUGCUGUAGUGACAAAUGGAGUGAAAAAUAUGGCCCACGCUUAUACAAUUGCUGGGGAAGCACUUUGGCAUUCUUGUGACAACCAUACUUCUUCAGUACAAAACUAUGUUGUGGUAAACUACAGGAAGCGGGGACAAAAGCCUGAAGAAGCGAGACCAUUCCAUCUUUAUAAUGAUGAUAACUAA